UUGGCUUGCUUUGUGUUUGUGUUUGGUUUGGUUCGGUUUUCUCCCACCCUAGUGACUCUCCGGCGAGGUUAACGACGCUUUUCACAGCUAAAUGUCUUGCUUGGAGGAUGAAGAUUAGGCUCACGCUUCAGCAAGUAGAGAACAUCGAUCAACAGAACCAGAAUUCGAUCAAGAUUUGAUGAAGGCGUGAAAUGGGUUGUUUCUGGGUUUGACUCCAAUUGGAAAAAAAAAUCAGUCAUGAACCAAGAAACGAAUCGAUACGCAAAAUGGAAACAGAGAGAGCUCGUUCUUAUACUCUUAUACGCCGUCGCUUUCUACGCCUAUGCUCUACGGAUAUCGCUUCGUCUCUCUCACGAUCAUUACUUCAAGCUCCACGGUUUAGCACCUGGCUGGCUCAUUCCUAAUCGUCGCAAUGAUGUUUCCGAUGCUCAGUGGAGGAAUUUCCGCGGGAAUUUGCCAAUUCUCACCUUGGUUUUCGCGGUUUUCGCCGUGAUUGCGAACGUGUUUAGGUCUUUUUUCCAGUUAAGAGCUAAAGGAAUGGCGAUCUUGUGGCUUUCCUUGUCACUUUUAUACUUGACUUACUUACAUGGAGCUUGCGUCAUUUACAUUUUAUCGAUUGCAACGGCUAAUUUCCUUCUUGCUAAGGUUUUUGCACGAGCAAAGUACUUUCCUUUCAUGCUUUGGACUUUCAACAUAUUUUUUCUCUUGUGCAAUCGCAUUUACGAAGGAUAUUCAUUCUCCAUUUUCGGGCAACAGUUUGAAUUCCUGGAAAACUUUCGGGGCACAUUCAGAUGGCAUAUAUGCUUCAACUUUGUUGUUCUGCGCAUGAUAAGUUUUGGAUAUGAUUAUCACUGGGGCCAACUGAAUUCUCAUUUUGAUCAGGAGAAACACUUAACACGCUGUUCCUUAUGUAAGUUAAGGAAGACUUGCUACGUACUUCGACAGGAGAAAGGUCUAGCAAGCGACAACUGCAGUUUCUCCCUAUACCUUUGUUAUUUGUUGUAUGCGCCAUUAUACAUUGCGGGACCAAUCAUAAGCUUCAAUGCAUUUGCUUCUCAGCUAGAUAUGCCACAGAAUACUCAUUCAGUGAAAGAUGUUGCGCGGUAUGGAUUACGUUGGUUAUUCAGCUUCUUGCUGAUGGAACUUAUGACACAAUUCUUCUAUUACAAUGCAUUUGUGAUCAGUGGUCUGUGGAGAGAAUUAUCUCCUGUGGAGAUAUUUAUCGUCGGAUACGGAGUGCUUAACUUCAUGUGGCUUAAGUUCCUUCUUUUAUGGAGAUAUUUCCGCUUCUGGUCUCUGGUGAAUGGCAUUGAAACUGUGGAGAACAUGCCGAAUUGCAUUAAUAAUUGCUAUAGUUUGGAAACAUUCUGGAAAACCUGGCAUGCCUCUUUUAAUAGGUGGCUUAUCAGGUAUAUGUAUAUUCCUCUUGGUGGAUCAAGAAGAAAGCUUCUUAAUGUGUGGGUGAUAUUUACAUUUGUAGCCGUGUGGCAUGAUUUAGAAUGGAAGCUUCUUUCAUGGGCAUGGUUAACAUGUUUAUUCUUCAUGCCAGAAAUGUUACUUAAAUCAGCAACCAGUGCAUUUAAGGUAGAGAGUGCUUUUGGAGAAUUCCUCUUUCGUGAACUUAAGGCGUUGUCUGGUGCUGUCACAAUCACAUGCCUCAUGAUUGCAAAUCUUGCUGGCUAUGUCAUUGGACCAUCAGGUCUAAACUGGUUGGUCUCCAGCUUUCUUAGCAGAGAAGGAUUACCUGUUCUGGGCGGCGUGUUCUUUAGCUUUUACUUGGGUACAAAGUUGAUGUUUCACAUCCAGGACUUGAGAAGUGGGGUACAUAGCCCGAGGUAGCCGGGGCAAAGAGUCGUAGUCUCCUUGGUUAUAAUCAAGUAAUAUCAUUAUUGUUAUUUACAUUUUUUGUGUGGAAUUUUGGUUGGAGUAACUGUGUUUUUCCUUGCUGAAAGAUGCAAAAUUAAAUCAGUUUUACGUAGGCUUUU